GCAUUUCAAGGUCAAGAUAAAAACAGUGUUUUUACACAAAUAUAGUCAAACAAAUGCUCCCAUUUUGUGAGCAAAACGACAUGACUGUUUUGUGCCAUUUAUGCGGUACAAAUUAGCUAAUUAUGUUCCCCUGAAACAUGCAUUUUUCGAAUGUUUUGUUGAAAUUUACAAACACCUUAACAAAUUACAUAUCAACAGCAAGUCCCAAGGUUUGUAACAUACUAAAAGUUCAUCAAGUUACACUAAUGUACUUCUCUUUAAUUGCACUAUAGUGGGAAUUUAUAGGCUUGUAAAAUAUCAGGAAUUCGACUGGAUUUGCUGUUUAGAUGUCCCAUUAAGGUACACUAAAAACCUAGAUUGUUGAUGAUAUCAUAUCAAAUUGUUGGCUGCUGGCCUACAUACAGCAAUCCCAAUCAUAUUGGUCGCGUUUUUGUCGGUCACCACCCUAGAGAUAAUUCUAACACAUAUUCUAUAGCAUACUCCAGCUGCAUUCGAAAUGUAAAAUCGUUUCGUUAAACAGUUAUUUGUGACAGAGGUUUCGAUAGGUAUAACACCGAGGUUAACUGUUAUAUAUUGUACAAAAGGUUCCGAAAGUGAAACCCGGGUAGGGAUUGCUCUUUUCCAAGAAAUGAUAGAGGCGAGUUUCUCUUUUCUUCCUUUCGAAAGUUUAGUUAGAUCUACAUAGAUAAUGUUGAAAUACAUUGUAUAUUGUUCAUGUUAAUAUUGCAUAUAUAUUGUUAAGUUUGAUAUACAUUGUUGAUGUUGAAAAUGGAUGGAAGCUGAGAUAUUAUACAUCCCUGAUGGACACGUGACUUGUCUUCUCAUUAUACUGUAGGCAUGCGGUCUGACGUCAAUGUGCGCAAUAACGUUUGAAAGACCCCCAGCAUGCCUUGCGGUUCUCUGAUGGCGAUGACAAGGUUAUACAUUACACCCAGGAGUUAGACCGACGAUGUCAGCAUCAAUGCCUGCCGACGAGAUGGUUCGUCUUUAUCAAGAGGAAUCCCAAAAACGACACAAUAAGACAGUUCUCGAGGAACUGGAGGUCGGAGAUAUGAUUGAAUUCCCGAGUGACUUAUUUUCUCACUGGGGAGUCUAUAUAGGUGAUGAACAGAUUGUUCAUCUCACGGGAGAUCAACCCAUUACCAGUGGGUCAUUUUCCUCCGUAUCUGGAAUUGAUUGUGAUCAAGCCUGGGUGAGGAUUGACAAGUUUUUGGACGUUGCAAAGGGACGUUUUGCAAAAAAGAACAAUGACAAAGACAGUAAUCAAAGGGCUGCCGGCAGGUAUCCACGUCCUUCCGAUGAUAUCGUGAGAACAGCCUUAGCUAUGAAAGGUGAAGCGGACUACAAUGUUUUCUUCAAUAACUGCGAACAUUUCGCCUCCUACCUCCGGUACGGCGAGAAAUGCUCUGAACAGGCUGACACUGCUCUUACAGCGGUAGUCGUUGGAGGAGCUGCAGUGAUUGUUGGAAGUUUAUUGGGUUCUUUAUUCAAUCGCAAGAAGUAACAGAUUCAUCCCACAUCCAUACUGAACUCUUACCAUUACAAGUUGAAUAGUCUUUAUCAACGCUGAACAAAACCUUAGUAAUUACAUUGUAUAUUAAAGGGAAGUGUAAAAAAAAACCGAGGACAGGACUUCGGAAAAUUAACUUGUUAUUAUCAUUGCAGACAAUCUAAUAAAUUGAUCUUACAAGCGA